AUGGGAGACCACCAAGACCAGCACAAAUUCCGCGACUCUGCUUACGAAUCACUCGGCGAUGAUACGUUCUCGCGGACCAUCGACAAACUCCGCGAGCUCGGCGCCGACCUGGUCCCCCUUCCGCAACUUGUUGGCAAGAGUUCUGUCCUAGGGAGCGUGACAAGCUUCGCCUUCCCUCGCGCUCGCGAGCUCUGCACCCGCUACGCGACCCAGAUCACUUGUCACCGCGAUGAUUUCGAGAGAGUUCGAAUUUCCAUCAUUCAAAGCCAGGACUCCGACGGGGAUCGGAACAAGCGAUUGAAAAAGUUCGGGUUCUCUAUUGAGAAUGCCGAGAAGGAAGACUUCGCGUGGACGAGAAUCUUUUCAGAGGCAAACGAAGUAAUGGGACUUCGCGGUCUUAAUGAUGGAGAUAACCCGAAGCUUUCGACCUUUGUCGAAGACGUUUCCAAGAUUGAGGUCAACGGCCCAAAUCAAAACCAGUUGAUCAUCAUUGACAUCCCGGGUAUCUUCCACACGUCUACAAAAGGCCUGACCACCGAAAAUGACAUUGUUAUCGUCAGGAAUAUGGUCGACAGAUACAUUAAGGAUCAGCGCACCAUCAUCUUGGCAGCCAUCCCUUGCAAUGUCGACAUUGCCUCCCAGGAGGCUCUCACCCUUGCCAAAGAAAUAGAUUCGGAGGGACUUCGAAUCAUGGGUCAGAUCGUAUGCGAGCUUGUUGAGGGUAAACGCCACUCCCUGCGCCUCGGAUACUGUGUGGUGAAGAACUGCAGUGCGGAUGAUAACACCUCGACGAUGGCUCAAAGAAACUCAUCCGAGAAGGUAUUCUUCCGUACCAAUCCUUGGGCGAGACUCAAAUCGACGAACUGGGUUGGUGUCGACAGCCUCGCCAUCCGUCUGCGUGGGUUGCUACGCGACCUCUCGAAGAAGGAGUUCAAGAACGUCAAGGCCGAGAUUGAACGUAUGCUCAACAAUUGUGAGACAGAGCUCAAGCAUUUUCAGGAGGCCGCUGUUCGAGCUCGCGACGGUCAUUACAAUGGACAGGAUAUGUUCGACCAGAGCCCAAAGCUGCGACUCAUCACAUCUAUUGUCGAUCUCAACGAGCAGUUCAACAAGGUCUUCGCGCUACGUGGCCACACGAGAAAGUUUGAACCAGGCGAGGUAGAGUUUGGCCUCGACACUCGGUUGAAUGUCGACGCAAUCACGAACCCAGACAAGGCUCUUGCCGGAAUUUUGAGAAAUUUGGAGGUUCAAUUCCCCGAGCCUAUGAAUAGCUCGCUAUUGAGCAAUAUUGAAAGUGUUUUUCGCGAAUCCCGCAGUGCCGAACUUGGCUCAUUUUCGGGUUCUAUGUUAGCACAAGUUUUCAGGGAGCAGACCAAGAAGUGGAAGCCGCUGGUCUUGAAGCAUGUCAGUCAGGUAAUCAUGAUUGUCCAUGAUUUCAUCGGCGCUGCACUCCGACUCAAGUGUACCGAUAGCAACACUUCCGACGAGCUGCACGACAACUUCCUGCUUCCUAAGCUCCGUGCGUCGUAUCGAAGAGCUUUGGAUCACGCCCAGUUCCUCAUCGAUGUCGAGCUCAGCGGACAGCCCUACACCAUGAAUCACUAUUUCAACAGCAAUCUCCAAAAGGCCAUUGGUCCGGCGAGCGUCCUCAACGCCCAAGGCACUGUUCCAAACAAUCCGAGCACUGUCGCAACUCCGGUUUCUGGAAAUACCACAGCUGUCACUCCCAAAGGGCCUGGGACUCCGGUAGCAAACCGUAACGGCAGCCCUUCCGACUUCACCAGUCAGAGAUCUGCUGGGUCUUCCGAAGCUGCAGAAUGGUGGUUAUCAAGAUCGAUGCUCCCUAGGCUCACAACCGAUCGCUCCAAUGCUGAGCAGGUCAGAGAAGAUAUCCAUGACAUCCUACGCAGCUACUACAAGGUUGCUCGCAAGCGAUUCGUUGCCGUUGUGCUGCAGCAGACCGUCUUCCACUUCCUACUUGAUGCCAAGACCAGCCCUCUUAAGAUAUUCACCCCUGACCUGGUCAUGGGCUUGGAUGAUAAGCAGCUUCAUAUGAUUGCCGGAGAGCAUGCUGCGACGCGGGAUAGACGCGAGAUUCUUGCUCGAGACAUUGAGAACUUGAAGCUCGCGGUGGAGGAAUUGCGAAUGUCGAAAUAGGAUUCGUUGGGAAUUCAAUUUGUGUUGCAUUUUUGAAGUUUGGGGGUUUCCAGCAGUACCGUGGCUUUUCAGAUUGACAUCAUGAACACUACAUUGUAGACCUACAGAAAAGCGAAUGUCACUUUCGUCC